AUGGCCGCCCAUCUAUCAAACGAGAAUACUUCCAAUGGCUCUUCGUACACGGGCACUUCCCUAGAAGACCUCCCCAAAUCAUGGACCUUUACAUCUAAGCUUCCCCCGGAUCCAAAAUUGCCUACUCCCGCAGAGUCACACAAGACACCUCGAGAUGAGAUCCACCCUUGGCAAGUAAAGGGCGCAUUAUUUACGUGGGUCCGGCCAGAAGAAUCAAAAGAUCCGGAAUUACUGGCAGUAAGCCCUGCUGCCCUGAAGGAUUUGGGUAUAAAAGAGGGAGAAGAGAAGACGCAAGAGUUCAAGGAAACUGUUGCGGGCAACAGGCUGCUGGGUUGGGAUGUAGAGAAAGGAGAAGGCGGAUACCCGUGGGCACAAUGCUAUGGAGGAUGGCAGUUUGGAUCAUGGGCUGGACAAUUAGGUGACGGCAGAGCCAUCUCCCUCUUCGAAACCACGAACCCUAGUUCCAAGACAAGAUAUGAGUUACAAUUGAAGGGAGCUGGCCUUACACCAUAUUCGAGGUUCGCGGACGGAAAGGCAGUGUUGAGAUCGAGUAUAAGAGAGUUUGUUGUUUCAGAAGCUCUGAAUGCUCUUCGGAUACCCACAACUCGAGCUUUGUCUUUGACCUUACUGCCCCACGAGAAGGUUCGACGAGAGACCUUGGAGCCAGGAGCAAUUGUCGCUCGAUUCGCACAGUCUUGGCUUCGGAUAGGUACAUUCGAUAUUCUCAGGGCACGAGGCGAUCGAGAUCUCAUCAGGACGCUAUCUACCUACAUUGCAGAGAACGUCUUUGAUGGAUGGGAAUCACUUCCUGCGCGAAAUCCAGCUGACGACGGCAAGUCUGACAGCCCGUUAGGUACAGGCGUUGGCAAGGACACGAUCGAGGGGCCUACUGGCUUGGAAGAGAACCGGUUCACUCGUUUGUAUCGUGAGAUUGUACGCCGUAAUGCGAAGACGGUAGCAGCAUGGCAAGCUUAUGCCUUUACCAAUGGCGUUCUCAACACGGACAACACUUCGAUUUUUGGAUUGUCAGUUGACUUUGGUCCAUUUGCAUUUCUCGAUAACUUUGACCCCAACUAUACUCCCAAUCAUGAUGAUCAUAUGGGCCGGUAUUCGUACCGCAACCAACCCACAAUUAUCUGGUGGAAUCUUGUCCGAUUAGGCGAGUCACUUGGCGAGCUGAUGGGUAUAGGUGAGGGUGUUGAUGCCGAAGAAUUUGUUGAGAAAGGUGUUCGACAAGAGGGAGCAGACGAGUUGGUCUCCCGCGCCGAAGGGCUUAUCACCCGCGUUGGGGAAGAAUACAAAGCCGUUUUUCUCGAAGAGUACAAGCGUCUUAUGACCGCAAGACUAGGAUUGAAGGUCUUCAAAGAAUCCGAUUUCGAAUCGUUGUUCAGCGAGGUCUUGGACACCAUGGAGUCAUUAGAACUAGACUUCAACCAUUUCUUCAGGAAACUGAGCCAUCUUAAAGUGGGGGAUCUCGAGACAGAAAACCAAAGAAAAGAGAAAGCUGGAGUUUUUUUCCAUCACGAAGGCGUGACCGGAAUCGGAAAUACCGAAGAGUCAGCCCGAAAGAGAAUCGGCGACUGGCUAGAGAAAUGGGCCUCGAGAGUCUACGAAGAUUGGGGCCCAGAUGGGGAUGAUGCUGCCAGACAAGCUGAUAUGAAGAAAGUCAACCCUAAAUUCAUCCCUCGAAGUUGGAUCUUGGACGAGUUGAUCAAACGUGUUGAAAAGGGAGGCGAGAGGGAGAUUCUAGAUAGAGUGAUGAAUAUGGCGCUUCAUCCAUUCGAGGAACAUUGGGGUGGAGAUGAAAAGGAAGAGGAAAGGUUUUGUGGCGAUGUGCCGAAACCAGAGAGGGCUAUGCAGUGCUCCUGCUCUUCUUGA